ACAACUCCUCUGGACUUUACUCUGAGCAGGAUCAAACCGCGGUGAUAUUUACGCAAGAUGGAUGCGAAACUGCUGGCAGUCGUGGCUGCGCUCACGGUGUUGAUAUUUGCGCCUCCAUCUCAAGCAAAGCCCAUCAGCUUGGUGGAGAGAUGCUACUGUCGCUCAACAGUCAACUCCCUCCCACGAGGCUACAUCCAAGAGCUCCGCUUCAUCCACACACCUAACUGCCCCUUCCAAGUGAUUGCCAAGCUGAAGACAAACAAAGAGGUGUGUGUGAACCCAGAGGUCCGGUGGCUGAAGCAGUACCUGAAGAACGCCAUCAACAAGAUGAGGAAAUCCAAACAGGCCAACUAAAGCGCCUGCAGGGAUCCUUCCGAGCCAUCACUGAGGAUUUUAGACCACCACCACAGAUAUGUAACAUGAUAUAAGACCAUCUUGUAUGUUGUACAGCACUUAUCCCGGCGGCCUUUUGCAUGGAAUGAGUCCACAGCUCGUCGCCAUGAACGCCAGUCCACCUGCUCUGCCGCCUUCUUCACCAUCACAACUCUCACCACUUAUAGAUAUAGCAAAAUGUUAUUAGUGCAAAGUGCAAUUAUAUCUGUAAGUGUAUGUAUGUUUUUCUAACCAUAAUGUAUAUACUUUUUUGUUAAUGGACUUAAACAGUAAAGAGCUAUUUUUGGAGAUUUUGUCGUCCCUCUGGCUUCGUCAUUCAGGAAAGUGUCUACAAAAGAAAGCUGUAGGGUCAGCAGGAGGGUUUCUCCACCACAAACAAGAAUGAGCAUCCCAUUUGUAAGUAGCAGAGCCUUGUGGUCUGCUGAGCCAGGGAAAAAAAUGAUUUAUUAUACCUAAUCCUAAAUAUGGGAUCUAAUUAUCCUGAUUGUCUGUGAUUUCAAAUUGUACAAAAAUGAUAAACAAUGUAUAGUUUUCCUUCUGAAAAACAAGUUAAUUGGCAGCAAGGAAUUUCAGCGGGUGCCAGCUGCCCCCACGCUGAAUAAAAGAUGUCCACAAGAUCCUAAUAAAAAUGGCAAUUACAAUGUUUUUGUGAUGGAAAUGAGGAUGCCAAAAGAGCUGGAGCAUUUCCUGAGCUGUUCUGUGGCUGUGAUUACGCGACCGUGUGUUACCCACGUCUGCUCUUUUUUUUUUCUCUCCCUUUCUUCACAAAAAGCGGAACAUCUGGUUCCCAAACAGUUUUAAUUGAGCAGCCAAUAAGAUGAAAUUUACCGGAAUCAUAAAGUUUUGUCAGUUAACAAGUGAUGGUCGGAACAAAAUGCUCAUCAGUCAAAGUUAGCGGCCUUAGUAUAUCAGUGUGACCUUAUUUUUCUUGGAUUCGGUUGAAAUAACCUGUUAGUGUGAAUGCCCAUUUCAAAGGAGGGUGCUGAAAAAAGUUAAAUAACAGUUACCACAUCAGUAGUUAAAAGUCUUGUAACACUGAGAGCUGCAGUCCAGAAAACAGCACCAUUACUGACUAACAACAGAUGUGACUACCUACAACUGUCUUGCAGCACUUUAUAUCUGAUGUGUUCAUGUUUUACCAACAAAAUUUGCUAUUCCUCACUCACUCUGACAAUUAAAUUCUGUCUUUUGCCCCAUAUCUGUAUGAACAUCAUCCUGUUUCCACUCUGUUCUUUGUUUCUUUUUUGUAAGUCACUGAAUGUGCAUGUAACUGUUUAAGUUCCAUUCAGCCAUUCUUUUAAAUCAUAUGUAAAAUUAAUAUUAUACAAAUGUUUUAUUUUUGUACUCUUUUAUGCAUUUAUAUAUUAAAUCCAAACAUUUAAAUGAAGGAACUGUACUCUCGCAACUGAGCCAUCCAGCGUUUUAUUGUAAAACUUGUACACAGCUGGUCAGUAAAAAAAAAAAAAAGGAAGAAACCUUUUAAAAUGUUAUGGUUAGUGGUUUAAUGUAUCUUUUCCUCUUAUACAUGUUAUGGGCCUUUUCAUUAUAGAUAAUCACACUUGUAUCCACAAAUGCACACACACACACACACACACACACACACACACACACACACAGUGUUCAUUUAAGGGACUCUUUAUAUUGAGUGUAAAGCAAGCUUCGCCAGGGCCAACACGCAGCUGCUGGAAUCUUUCUGUACUAGCGGGUCAGAGGGUAAAUUUAGAGCUUUGAUGUACGAACAUGUGUUUAGCUUUACUCACAGGGGCAAAUGAAAGGCAAGGACAAUGAUCCUGUCUGCUAUUUAACUAUUAACUCAACAAGCGACCAUUAGGAAAACAUUAGAGCUAAAAGGGAUGAACUUUUAACUUCCCUGUACGGGCAUUAUGUGAGGCGGAGCACAGUAGUGUAUAUGUGAUGUGAGUUGUGUGCUGAUUGAAGCAUCAGGGAGAGAUAAAGGGAUGUGAGUGGCAGGCUAUAGGCCUUUUUGUUUGCAGUGUUUACUGAUCAGUUUCAAAAUCCAGCUUAAAUGUGAAAACAGCAGAGCUCUGUGGGUCGAAUUUGGACUGUAAAUUAAUCAGAUGUGGUAUAAUCACUGUAUUACCUGAUUGUGCUAAACUUUCAUCAUAGAAAUCUGCAGGUAGCAACAAGUAUUUCCCACUUCAGUAAUGUGAAGAUUAUUUCAGUCAUAUGAGGGCAGAUUUGUAUAUCUAACGGUGUAUACAUCUGUGUUCCACAAUGGAUCAUUAAAAAAAAAAACUACUUCAAAUAAACAUUUUACGACAAAUA